GGGGCUGUAUCGCUGGCAAUGAGCUCCGGCGCACCUGCGAUCUACUGGGCCGGGCUGAGCUGAGAGAAAACCCGAGCUGGACCUUUGCCUUUACCACCUGAUAAAGGAAAAGGCGAUUCUAAAAAAAAGAUAAAGGAAAAAGUGGCGGCGGCGGCGGCGGCGGGAGAAGAAAGGACGGCGGACAGUGGUGAGGGCGGUGAGAUGAAGACCGCCAGGAUUUCGAAGACAAGGAGUGGCGAGCCAGAGCUAAGCGAGGAGCUCUAUCAGGCCGCAAUCUGCAUGGAGGAGAGGAUCCGCGCGCUGCAAUCCGCCGGUUGGAUCGGCAAUGAAGGGGAAUCGAUGGAGAUUGGCGACGGCGGCGAGAUGGAAACGGGAGGGAAGUCAUCAACGGGGUGGAGUAGCGCCGCGUCCCUAGAGCUCGAGGAGCUGCUCCACCGUGCCGCAAUCCUCACCCAGACGAGGGCAGGCGACGGAGACGCGGAAAGCGAGGAGCUGCUCGAUCUGGCCGCAAAGGAGAGGAUCGUCGGCCAGGCAGGCAACCCACUCUCCUGGGAAUUAAUAAGUGAGAUCAUGCCGGAGUUUGAAGCAAAGGUCGGCGAGUCGGUACUUCAGGCAGAAGAGACCCGGAAGGAGGCGGUGGCCGUGCUGAGCUUCGGCUUCAGGCUGCACUUGUUCUCCGAGCAGAUCGAUGAGCUGCGGCACGAGAUGUGCAGCUUUCUGAGAUCGUUCUCGUCGGAAAACAAAGAUAUAAGGAGCACCAUGAUGAAGUUUAUCUCUGAGCCGUACCUAUCCCGUAUCAGCAAAUUGCAGUUGAUCUCUGACCGUAUCAGUAUGCUCCAGCGAAUGGACUCAGACUUCGACUCCAAAGUGAAAUCAACGAUCAUCAAGCUAAAAUCAGAAUCCUUCUUGUCAGCCAUGGAGGACGAGCUCCGCAGGGCAGGCCAAGAAGAUUCCAUGGAGAUGGAGGAGAAGAGAUUCGCUGCCUUCCAUCUCUAUUGGGAACGUAUAUGGGGCAAGGAUGGCCACAGCUUCGAAAAGCAGACGAUAUUGAGCCCCAUGCAAUUUACACAUUGCACAACACGCCGCUUCCCAACUGAAGCUGUCGCCGGGAACACCUUGCAGAUCUACUCCAUCAAAGUCUCACUAGCAGAACGCCAAAGGUUCCCACUGGAGGUGUAUGGAGUGGUCGCAGUCCGUGAUGCUGUGGACCGUCGUCGCAACCCUCUAUUCCUCUGUGCAAGAAUGCACUGCCAAAUCCUUGAAGAAAAUGAUUCUUUUUUGCACUUGACUGGCCCGGUUCGUGCAAUUGUCUCGAUGGAUACUGUUUACAUCGAAAUCCAAUUGAUAGUGAAGGGCGCAACAAAAUCUGAAGAUACAGCGUUGAUCAGUACAUUUGGCUUUUUCAACGGUGAUAAUUCCAGUACCUAUCUCGCCAAAAACAACUUGUGCACAGUGGAGUUAUGCUAUGAACAAGUUAAACAGUCGGUCCAGGCCACUAUCCUCAGUUUGGGUGUUAUACCCAAACAGGAUUCAUUGCCUUCUCCACAUGGCGGCAGAGUUGUUUGCUCUUCACUGCCUCAGGAUGGUCAUGAAGAUAUCGCUGGGCAAGUAUCAUCUAGGCAAGUUUUGCUGCUUGAUUCAAAAGAUGGAAAAAUGCCUAUGACGAGCAAUGGCUACCUUGAUCUGGCAAGACAUGUAGUUUCUGUGGAAUUAAAUGGAAAGCUGCAAGUCCUCAUAAUGGCUGAUUCACCAUCACAGACUGCAAUUGCUGCUCGAUUCCUCCUUACACCCAAAAAAUACAACACAAGUAAAUGUGAAUAUCCCCUUGCUGAUGGCUCUAAGGUUGAGAUUACUGUUGCAUGGUCCCUUGUUCCCUCAACGAUGCCGCAGUCAGGUGACAGUCCUGAGGACAGUGGGAUGGCGACUGCAGGAAAUUCGAAGGGAAAGAGUGGCGAGUCCAUGUUUAGCGAGGAUCUCUGUCAGGCUGCCAUCUUCAUGCAGAAGAGUAUCUGCUGGAUCCAGGCCCAGGAGAAGAAGAUGGUCAAGAUUGGACACUACGGCUCCGAAGAAUACAAUAAUCUUCUGGUGUUGAAAUCCGAUAUGUACGAGUUGUCGAAUAAGAUCUUCGAUCGGGUCGACUACAGGACCCAAAAGAGGAUCUGCGCGAUGCAGAAUGCCUAUUGGAUCAGCAACAACAGGAAAUUGACAGAUACCGAGAGCAAAAUGGGCGACGACAUUGAGAUGGAAACUGGAGGGAAGUCGUUGAAGGGAAGGAGUGGCGAGUUUAAAUCGGCGACUAUUGGCAAUGAAGACAGAACGGUACAGACACAGAAAAAGAUUGGUGACGGUGGCAAAUCGGACUCCAAGCAGUUCAAUGAGCAGGAGCAGUUCAAGGAGCCGCCGGUUAAUAACUCGAUCCCCAUGGCUGUAUCUGUCAGAAACAAGAUUGAGGAGGAGGCAGAGGCAGAGACCGUGAUGGCGGAGGUGGCACCGAGGGUCAGCUUCAAAUCAGCUCUGCUCUCCCGGCAGUUUGAUGAGCUGUGGGACAACAUGAGCCAACUAGUUUCAACAGAACCAAAAUUUCUAGCGAUAUGCAUACUUAUUCGGGAACCCUUCGAACGCUAUUGCUCCACAUUGAAGCUUAUCUCUGCAGUUUUCGACCGGCUUGGUCAAUGGGUGCCAGAUUUCAGAGAGAAAAUGGAAUUGAUAAAGGAAGACAAGGACAGGGAUAAGGAUGUGGAAGCUGAGGAUGUGUAUGAGGCGACGAAGAUGGCUGAGGAGUAUUAUUUCAAUGCUUAUCGUAGAGAUUGGGAAUGUAGGCGCAGCAACUUUGGCAGCUUCGAAGACCCAACGUUAUUGAGCCCUAUGUACUUUACCGACAGCAUACCAGGCCACACCCAAGUGGGUGCUGAAGUCGGGAGGACCAUGCAGGUCUACUCUAUUAAAGUCGCAGAAAGAGAAGGCUUCACCCUCGAGUGGCCACUGAAGGUAUAUGGUGUAGUUGCUGCCCGAGAUUCUGUGGACUAUCGUCGCAACCUUCUCUUCUUUCGCACUAGGGAUGACUGCCAAAUCCUGACAAAACAGGAUCCCUUUUUGCACUUGACUGGCCCUUCUCGUGCAAUUAUGUCUGGGGGCAUAAUGGAACCCGCAGUUACGAUUGAAGUCCACCUAAAACUUAAGGGCACGGUGGAGUCUAAAGAUAGAACAUUGAUCAGUAAGGCCUUCCUUUAUGAUGAAAAAGAUCUUGAUAGUGCUGAUAUGAUUUCUACGCGUGUCCUCCAGGGCCUUUGUGAAAUAGAGCUAUGCUGUGAGCAGCUUGAACAUUCACACCAAGCCACUAUCCUCGGUGUCCGUGUUGUACGGGGCUCAUUGGCUUGUGGCAAUGGCAUCAAGAUUGUUUGCUCCGUACUACCUGAGGACAAAACCGAAGGCGGUGGUAAGCGCCCAUCUGGGUGUAUUUUGCUGCUUGAUUCACAAGCUGGAGAUAUGCCUGUGGGUGAAGAGGGUUAUCUGGAUCUGUCGAGGCAAGUUGUAUCUGUGAAAUCAAGAGGAAGGCUAGAAAUUCUCGUGCAGGCUGGAGAAAUCAGUGGAAGUGUCGUCUUUCCAAUCAAAUUCAGCAACAUAAGUGAAGAAAGUUGUGAGCCUGGUGAUUGUAAAGUGGAGAUAACCGUUGCUUGGUCCUUGCUCGUUGAAAACCAGUAUGAUAUCUCGGUGAUGGGAGCUAUACAGCCUUACGCAUGGGAAUCAAUUCCACGUAGGCCGAUCAUGAAGCUUGUUGACGCUUGUUGAAGAGGUUCACUUCGUGAAGAUGGCAUUCUAGCUAGUUGUACUUAGUGUAGUAGUAAUCCGAAAAGGUAUAUAUGGGCAACACAAGGCAGCGUCAGAUGCUGGUUCAGUUUCUCCCUCACAAAAAAAAAAGAAAAAAGAAAAAAGAAAAAAAUGCUGGUUCAGUUUCUGAAUGUAUUUUUUUGGCAAAGCAGAGAUGAUCACCGUGCAAGCUGAUAGUACAAGCAGUAUAAUCCUGGAUGCGAUUCGGGUUUGACAGGAAGAAUAGGGACCAUGAAAAACACCCACACGCAAUUUUAUUUUUUUGUAAACUACAUGAUUUUAGUACAUUGGACAAUAUUAUUGUAAAAUGUCAAGAACAUUUUUCUAACACAUGAUGACAGCUUUUUCA